AGCAUUACAUGCCAGCAAAAAGUGAAGCAGCACUUGAGGUCCAGUCUCGGCGGAGGUUCCAAGGUGGUGUAUUUCCUCCUCACAAACACUUCAAAGCUACACAGGAUAUUCGCCAUCACGUCUACAAGCUAUUGAAGACAUAUUGAUAGAGCGUUGGCACUUUCAUGAUGUGUGUCGCGGGUCCCGCCGCUGAUUGGAUGUUGUACUUGCGUUCAUUAUACGCAGAAAAACCUUACUCAUCAUCGACCAUAUGAACGUAGCUAUCCGUCGCUGUUCGCAGAUGCUGCGUUCUCCUACAUAAAUGGCUCCUUAAUCCUCAUUGCCCCGUAGGCUAGGCUCCCAACGUAGAACGCAUCGCAAAUGGCAACCUUCUCCUCAAUAUCCGUCUCUCUUGGAGGUCUCAUCGAAAGCUAUGGGAUUGGUUGCGUUCUAUAUGGGGUGGCCGUUGCGCAGGCGUAUGUGUACUUUAGCAACCCUGACCGUAAGAAUGAUGCCAAAUGGGUGCAAGGGAUGGCUUGCUUUGUGGUGAUUCUGGAGACGGUUCAUACCGGAUUCUUUCUACGUCAGCUUUACUUCUACACAGUGCUCUCCAUGGAUAACCCCUUCAAUCUAACCAGAGUUGAUUGGAGUGUUCCUACUUGUUUAGUCCUGGAAAACGGUAUAGAGAUCAUCGUAGAACUCUUCUAUAUUCAUAGGAUGUGGAUAUUCACCAGGAACGUAUUCAUGACCUUCACGACGCUUGUUCUUCUCCUUGCUCGACACGGGGUCUUCAUGUAUAUCGUGACUAUGAGUGUCAAUGCCUCUUGGUCGGACGCUCAAAGCCCGAUUUUGAAAGCCCUUGUCGUAGCUUCGAUAUCCCUGACAAUCGGUUUGGAGGCUGUCUUGACCGCGGUCAUGGUGUUCUACCUGUAUCGAAGGAGGACAUCCCAUCCAGGGACGCGAGGCAUCAUUACCUGGUUGAUCACGUACUAUGUCAAUACCGGAGCUAUAUUGACGACGUUGUCCAUCUUUAAUCUGGUUAUCCAUCUCGUAUCACCCACAAGUCUCCUAUACGUUGGACUCUUCAACGUCCUCGCAAAGUUGACAGCGAACGUCUUCUUUGGAGCGAUAAACGCAAGGCAUAAGCAUGGAACCUUUUGGAAUGAGUGGCAUUCGAGUUCGGAUCGUUACAGAAACAGCUCGAAUUACUGACCCAGCCAUGCCGCUCAGAUACUCCUCUAGCACCUUCGCCAAGUCGAGUGUUGACAUUGCCCAACCUAGCGCCGCUGUCCUUUCUUCGGAUAUUUAACUUUCAUUUCGUGC